GUUAAAAUCGAUAACUUGCAUUGUUGUCAAAAGUUGUUUAGGAUACCAUGAUCCAAAAUGGCUGCCACCGAGGACUCUGAAAUUCCAGAGACCGGGGCUGUCUUCACAUUUGGAAAGAGCAAAUUUGCAGACAACAUACCAAAUAAAUUCUGGGUUAAAAAUGACAGAGUUCAUCAGAUUGCCUGCGGAGAUGAACAUACAGGUCUUAUUGCUGAAUCAGGCAGAGUGUUCAUGUUUGGACCAAAUGACUGGGGACAACUUGGGCUAGAUGAUAACAAGGGUGUAAACAAACCUAGUUGUGUCAAGUCACUGAAGCAUGAAACAGCAAAGCUUAUUGCAUGUGGGAGGAGUCAUACACUUGUAGCAACAGAAUCUGGUCAUAUUUACUCAUUCGGGAGCAACUCUGAUGGACAGCUGGGCUAUGAAGGUGUAACAGACCAGUACCUACCAAAACAAAUUGAAUCACUUAGGCCCACUAAAUAUAAGAUACUCUCAGCAGGAGCUGAUAACUCUGUUGCACUGACAGAGGAUGGCAAGGUUUACGUAUGGGGAGGCAAUGAGGAAGGAAAGCUGGGUUUGGGCGAGGAUAUAGAGAUAGCCCACCAACCAAUGCUGCUGCAGCUGGAUAGACCAGUUGUUUGUGUGGCAUGUGGCUACUACCACACUGCUCUAGUCACUGAUGAUGGAAAGUUGUAUACCAUGGGGGAAGCAGAUGGGGGGAAACUUGGACUGCCAGAGGAUUUAGACGACACCAAAGUGCCACAGGAGGUCACGGCCAUAGCUGAGCCAGUGAAAUGGGUUGCAUGUGGCAGUUCACACACAGUGGCACUUACAGAGUCAGGUAAAUGUUAUGUGUUUGGUGAGGGUGAGAGUGGUCAGCUUGGCCUCGGGACGGACGUUAUGUCUCUGUCAACACCAACCCACCUGAAGCUGCCAUUUAAAGUCUCCAGAGUCUACUGUGGCCAGGCCUUCACUGCCUUGAUAUCAGAAAAAGGACAGUUGUAUACAUUUGGUGAUGGUCGACAUGGAAAGUUAGCCCAUGGCAACGACCAGUUCUCCAACCAGUACAAGCCUUAUCAUUGUAAAAGAUUUUCUCAUUUCAAUGUUAAAAAGGUUGCGUGUGGUGGGUGUCACAUGAUAGUCACAGCCCAACCAAAAGCACACAGACACAAUGUGGAGAGCGAUGAGGAAGUGGAUGAAAUGAAAACGCUAGCAGAAACGGCGCUGCUGGACUCUUUGAAUAUGACCACAGGCUCUCCCACCUUGUCCAGGUCUCUCUCCGCAAGAGAGAAACGCAGGAACGAAGUUACUAGAUCCUUGUCCACACUAAACCAGACCCUACCUGUCCUGACAUCCAAACGAGGCAUCCACUCCCUUAGUGCCACCAUGCCUGCCAUUAAACCCAACCAUUCAAAAGCCAAUGGCGAUCUACUCCAUGCAACCAUAGUACCAAAGAGCAGGUCGUUGCCUCGAGGUAAGACACUGGAUAUAGACCAUGUUGUGGAACCAGAGAGUGCACAUCACAAGACUCAGGAGAACCACCUUCCAGUACCCAUCCCAAGGAAAACAUCUCUGCCAGCGCAGGGUCAGGCGGAUAAUAGUGAUGAUGGCAGUGAGGGAGAUGAUGAAGGCAGCGAUGAGGGGCAGCACAGUGUAGGGCAUCAUGGCCCAAAGCAGGUUCUAGAGGAGGCUGAGGAGAAGCUAGAGGCUGAUGAAGAUGUCAUGGCAUUGACUGCGGAGCUGCAGAGUAAAAUUGAUGAAGGGUCCUCUGAGGAGGAGCCGUUGGAUGAAGUUGAUGAGAGGAGCGCUGGCCAGGAUUUGCCAGAAAGUAUAACCAAUUCCGUGGAGGCUGGAAUUCAUGUAGAGAAAGUUCAGGAAGAGAUGAGUAGUAAAGAUGAGAUAACUCCAACAGGAAAGGAGAUAAAGGAGUCGCCAGUGCUUGGUAAAAAAAAUCCACUGCCUCUACCUAGAAAAAAGCAGGAAAAAACAGAGGAUGAUGAAGAGGAGGAGGACGACGAAGAAGAAACAGAAGAGGAUGAAGAAGUCAACGAAGAAGAAGAAAACAGUAAAAAAAAGAAUAAGAAGAACAAAAAAGAAAAGGGGGAGAAAAAGAAAAAAGAUGGUAAAGAGGAUGAAAAAGAUAAAAAGAAAAAAGAUGGGGAAGAAAAUGAAAAAGACAAAAAGAAAAAGGAUAAAAAAGAUAAAAAGAAAAAAGAUGAUGAUGACGUUAAAGAUGAUAAGAAAAAAGACGGCAAAGAAGAUAAGAAAAUUGAUGAUGAUGAUGAAGAAGAUAUAAAAGAUAAAAAGAAGAAAGAUGGCAAAGAGGAUAAAAAGAAAAAAGAGGAUGAAGAAAGUGUCAAAGAUAAAAAGAAAAAAGAUGGCAAGGAAGAUAAAAAAGAGGAUGAAGAUACAAAAGAUAAAAAAAAAAAGGAUGAGAAGGAACCUAAAGAUAAGAAAAAAGACAAAAAAUCAAAAAAAGACAAAAAGAAGAAUGGAGAUGAGGAUGAAGAUGAAGAAGAGGAAGAAAAAGAAGAUAAGAAAAAAGACAAAAAAGGUAAAAAGGAAAAGGAAGACAAAAAGAAUAAAAAAGAUAAAAACAAAAAAGGUGAUAAAGAUAAGAAGAAGGAGGAUGAUGAAGAUGAAGAAGAUGCUGAGGAUGAAGAGAGUAAUGACAAAUCAAAAAAGAAGGAAAAAGAUACCAAGACAGAAGACAAUGAAAAGAGUAAUGACAAAUCAAAAAAGAAGGGAAAAGAUGCUAAGAUAGAAGAAGAUGAAAAAAAUAAUUCCAAAGUUGACAAAGACAAAACUGAUGAAGCCUUAACAAAGUCUGAUGAAAAGGGUGACAAAGCAAAUGGAAAAGAUGAAAAUGAAAAUGAAAACACACAAGUCCCAGUCACUGCUAAAAAGUCACGUACCUGCAGUAUAUUGUGAUGAGAGCUUCACACUUGCGUAGAGACCAAAACACCUGAGGGUUUGUGCUUCCACCCAUGUUUGGCUGGCUGUACAUCAAUAGACAGACACUCUGACCAGAACCUGAGACUAUUCUAUAUUGUUGAAGUAUAAACUUGUGUUUUGUUAGAAAUCUCUCAAUAGACAGACACCAGGACCUGAGACUAUUCUCUAUUGUUGAUGUUGCAGUAUAAACUUGUGUUUUGUUAGAAAUCUCUCAAUAGACAGACACUCUGACCAGAACCUGAGACUAUUCUAUAUUGUUGCAGUAUAAACUUAUGUUUUGUUAGAAAUCUUUCAAUAGACAAGACCUGAGACAUUCUUCUGUACUGUUGCUGUAUGUUAGAAAUAUCUGUCCUUAGUUUUGUAUGUGUUUUUGUUCCUAUAUGUUGACAUCCUCAACUGGCUGUAAAAAAAACUAGUUUACUAUGUCUUAUGAGGGAAGAUAAAAUGUAUAUACUAUACAGAAAAACAUACUAUAUGAAAAUGAUUACAGAUUAUAAAAAUUUAUAUUUAUCUGACCAAAUAGUUGUACAUUUCCCAGUGAAAAAUUGUUGAAUGCUUUUUUGUAUUUGACAGAAUUUUUAUACAAAUAAUAGAGAAAUUAGUUUUGUUAUAAUCGUCUUUUUGUAAGUAAAUUUACAUGAAUAUUAAAAUGAGGAAAAGAUUGAACUGAAUGAUAACAAACAUUUUUUUUUUCAUGGCCAUUGUUGGUAAUUUAAAGCCAGUUUUAAAUGCCAUAUGGUUGAAUUGUAAGAGUGUUUUUUUUCUGAAUGUUUUUUAAUGGUAUGAGUAAAAAGAAAACAAUGAAAAAAUUAUUUUCAACAAGGAAUUUUGACACUUUUAAAAAAUUCCAGCAGAUUAUGGUAAUUUAUUAAAUUUAAUAUCUUAUUUAGUAUCCCUAAAAGUACCAUAUUUCCUGCUUUUAGACUAAAGUUAUAAUUUACUAAACAUCUUUGUACAAAAGCUUAAUUAUCAUUACACUUGCAACUGUAUUGACAAACCACUUUAUGUGUAAUACAUUCUUCCAUGCUUGUUGAAAAAAAAAUUCUUUGUGUUUUGCUCUUAAAUCAAGUUCAAAGCUUUAAAAAAGGUAAACCAUUUAUUAGUUAUUUAUAUUACUUUUUAACUAAUUUCAUAACUUCAUAGACAAGUGGUCUAAAAUAUUUACUUUUAUAAUAUAACAUGUAGUACUGCAUAUACACAAAUCUUGGGUUGACUACAGAAUUAAAGAAAUGUAAAUUAGAUAUAUACUGUGAGCCAUAUUGUAAAUAUAUUUGAUGUUUCAAGCUUUGAUAGUUGACAAAGGUAUUUUUUGGCAAUACAUUCUACACUAUGUUCAGGGAAUUUGCUCAUGGUAAAUAUUUCACUAAUUAAUUCUUCUCAGUUAUUAAUUAACUUUUAAAAUGAUUCUAUUAAACACAGUAAGGGACACUAUUGUGCAUUGUAAAUUUUUAAAAAUUGUCUAUUGCCAAAAGAUAUCAGUUUUUUACCGUCCAUUUUACUUGCUUCGUCUGUGAUAUUGAAGAUAAUGUUUUACUAUUUUUCACAACUAUUUGUGUUUGUUGAUAAUUUUUGUCUACUUGCAUUCACAUCUUUUAGCUAGAAUUAGAAAAUACACUAUGUAGUGGAUCAAAGCCCAAAUGCUUUUUUUCAAUAAGAUCCAUUUUGAUGAAUUGGUUAUUUUUAUUUAGAAGAAUGAAAUUAAACUAUUUGGUUGAUGAACACAAAAAAGCUGAGUAAAAUCAGUGUAGGCUAAACAAAAAUAAGGCAGAGUCUUGUAUUUUACAGCAAAUCUGUUGUAUGUUUUGUCUCAUCAGUUUUUUUUUAGUGGUGCUAUCGCAACAUCCAGUUAAUAAAUGGGAAACAAACUGUUGGGCAGCAUAAUUUAUAUUACUCUGAUUGUUAUGUUGUUUGAAUCUCUAAUGUGUAUGUAGAAGAGUAUCCUAUCUGAAGUUUGUUUGUGAUAUUCAAUUUGUCAAAAUGUAAAAUGGUUGUGUGGCAUCUACUUCAAGGUGCUGACAUUCAUCUAAGACUUGUUUAAAAGUGUUUGACUGACUGACAACAGGAUAAAGCUAAUACUGUGUUAACAUUUCAUUUUAUUCACUUUUUUUAAUGCUCAUAUAAACACAGAAACAUAGUUGUAAUGAAUAAUCAUGUACGAUUUAAUAAAUAAUACUGAACAAAGAGAAUUGUAUCAAUUUUG